ACCCAUUUGCUUUGCCAAGCACUGAGGAAAGUACGGACCUCAGCCACCAGCAAUAUAGCGAUAGUGAUCACGUGCUCUGAUUGAAGGGACCUUUUUAGUGGCCGGUGGGCGGGGUCUGUAUGCCGGGUUGUGAGAGUGGUUGAGCAAGUUUCAAGUUGCAGGAUCUUACAUGUUUGGUUCCUGCUUCCAUGUCUACUUCCUCAGAAAUACCUCCGUCUGCUCGUCCUUCCACCUCUGAGCCUCCAAAUGGUCCUAUUCCGCUCUUCGACAACCAGCUGAGGCUGCUUUCAGACUCAUAUCUCAGCUUCUUCCAAGAACGGAGGAAGAUUGAGGAGACAUACAUCGAUUCACUAAAGAAGCUCCAUAAUAAAGCUUCAACAAUAGACAGUUAUUUGGAUGAUCGAAGUGAACCUAGCACAUCACGUAAUGUAUGGGCGGAAGUAAGAGACAAUGUUGCUUCAGGUACGCAUAUAUCCUUUCGCCACACUCAGGGUCACGCUGAGUAGUUUACUAUGUUUAGAGCUCCAAGGUCGUGAAGCGUUUGUCUCAGCGCUCACGGCGGAUGUUAUCAACCCUUUGACCUCUCUGAAGGAAACUCAAGAACGGAUUCGCAAACGGAUCCGUGAUGAUCUCAAGGACGCUAUCACCGCACAUACGGACUAUGUCGAGAACGUCUAUCCGAAGCUAAAGCGCACUUACCUGAAGAAGUCACAAGACGUCGAGGACUACAAAGCUGCAGCUGCAGCUGAGCGAGCGCCAUUAUCUCCAACCCUUUCAGCUGAUCACCACCAGAAUAAUUCUACUUCACCCAAGUCUGGACUAACUCGGCCAGUUGUGACUUCACCACAGCCUCUGCGACCGCUUGAGCGAAGGGCGUCUGGCAGUGUGGCGACUACUCGGAAUCGCUCUCCGUCAUCUUCCACAGCAUUCCAUGACCUGGCGCAUCAAGGAAAGAAGCAACUGAACCAGCUUAUGACUUUCCUUGACAAAGGGAACAUGAAGGAGACUCUUGCAGGGCGUUCAGAUAAUGCUCUACGAUCUGUCCGUGCGAAACGCGAGGCCGAUGAAGCUGACAAGGAAUACCGUAAAGGCGUGCACUGGCUUGAAACUCUCCGACUUCGGAGAGUGAAGAUCCUAGAAAGCGGUUACCAUAGUUUGGAAUCGUUCAUGCGAGACGCAUCGUCUGCGCUCAAAUCUGUACUGCGAAUCUACAUGGACACGCUCCUUGCCACCGCAACUUCUCAAGUCCAAAUGUGUUCCCGCAUAGCCCUGUUCAUCGAUCGCAUAAACCCUGAACGUGAUGCCUCCGUUGUCUCUUUGCAUAUCCCUCAACUCCUCGCCGGCGCUUCACCCAAACCUCAAUAUUACUACAACUACACUGUAGGAGAAUGUCGGGAUUUGAUCUUUGGCGUUACUUUGGUAGAUUAUGCGACCAGUAGGGGAUUACAGGAAGGAGAGGUGCCGAAGAUUGUGAAGAUUUGUAUAAAUGAGAUUGAGGAGAGGGGCAUGGACGCGGAGGGGAUCUAUCGGGUCUCGGGACGUCAUGCUGCUGUUCAAGAGCUUCAACACAAAAUUGAACGCAAUGAAAUGGCCUUCCAGUUUCACGCACCUCAUGAUGACGUUUACGCAGUAGCUUCUUUGCUGAAGCUUUAUCUUCGUGGACUACCUGAGCCCGUUUUCAAGUUCCCCUUACAAGAUCGUAUACAACACACAGGUGACCUUGAGGAGCACAUCUCAAACGAUUUCCAACUGCUUCGAUCGAAGAUCCGUAGAUUGCCUCCCGUUCAUCAAGCAACGCUGAAGGCUAUCGUCGAACAUCUUGCUCGUGUUGCCGCCCGGAGUGAGAAGAACAAGAUGGAUCCGAAGAAUCUGGCGAUCGUGUUUGGAAGUGUUAUUUUUGGCGAAGAUGACCUGCCGAAGAGUGGAGAUCUCAUGAGUGUGCAGUCAUGGAAGGACACGCUCAUGGAAGAUCUUAUCACUCAUGCUUCCAUUCUGUUCCAGUCCAAUCAAUCUCCACCACUACCAUCAGCUCCGUUGGGUGAGCCAGCCCCGGCGCCCACAUAUGGUUCCUCGCAUACGAAGGUCGCCCAAGUGCCACCUCCGCUACCGCCGCGCUCUCCUUCACCGCGGAAGCAACCAGAAUUCGUUGUGCCUCCCCUUCCGCCACGUGUACAACAGCAGCAGCAGCAGCAACAACAGCAAGAGCAACAACCGUCCUCACCGUCUCCAGAAGACUUCACACCUCAAUUGCCUCCCCGACCAACAAACAGCAUACAUCCGUCAUUGCGAUCUGGUCCGAUGUCUGCUUUACCAUUGAGACAGUCCCUCCCGCCAGCCUCCAAAUCAUCUUCACACUUCGAUGAGAACAUUCCUUUUGCACAACCUUCGGCAACAGCAACUCCAUCGGUACAGCCGCCAACGCCGGUGUCUUCCCCGCCUUCUCAGAAUGCGUCUGUGCCACCCUCACCAUCAAGAAGUCUUCAUCGUCGCGCGCCUACCGCCUUGCCUUUACCUUCUCCUUGGUCAGAUAGAGACACUUUCAAUUCGACACCUAACUCUUCAUAUGCACCCACUUUAGCUUCUGCCGGAAACUCCCUUGGGACUUUUGACCAAUCGGAAAGUCCACCAACAACGUCUAUUCCUGUGACAGAAGAGGAAGAGGAUGAGCCAGAGCCUGAGCCCAUUUCGCCACCAUCGUCUUCCUCGACUUUUGAGAGCGCUCAAAGCGCUAAAUCGACUUCACCCACACAACUCGAGAGUAAGCAACCGGCUAAUGGCACCCCUCCCCUCCCACCCAGACGGAGUCCAUCAAGGUCAGUAGCAGCAACAUCGGCGAGGCCCAGCACACCGACUGUCGAUGGAGGCAGUCAUUCUCGGAAGCCGAGUUCUGGUAGCACUCGUUGACAGGGAGGUUUCUAUUGAUUUCUCUUGAUUUCUUUUGACAGUGACGACGGUGCAACGCCGUAGUUCCGUAAGGUUCAUGUUUUCGUGGUUUACGAUUUGACAUCGUUGUUUUGGGCAUAUGUAAGUCAUAGUAGUGUUAGUUAUAGAUUCGCUGUUGUGUUUUCUAGAUACCUUGUUUUCCUAUGUGUUGUUCAACCUGUCUACUCUAGUUAUUUAACUACUGCAUGGAUGCUGUGUACACUGUACAAUCAACGGUUUACAGAUAUCGAUGAACUAUG